AUGAUUUCAAGUUCUCCGGUCCUCCCACGCAGAGUGGUUGAGCUUCUCACUGUUGUGGUUUUGGUUCUUCUCUUCUUCCAGGUCAAGACACACUGGCCUCGAGAAAUUAACGAUAACGAACUGGCCAUCACUGGACCUGUACCUGAAGAACAAUACUUGGAACGACUUCGACAAAAGAUUGGUCUGUCGAAUCAGACCUCUUGGACUGCAUGGAAAGUCCGUACAUCAGAGCUGGACUCUGACCGACCGUCAGUCACAGAACUCGACACAGACUUUCAUUUAAAUCGACCCAAAGUUAUUGAUACCAAGGAACCCGAGAGGCGAAACCUGGUAGCUCGCCAGGAACUCAAUCUUCCUAUCUUUAAAGGACCACGACCCAGGCAGGUCGACGCAUCCGACUUUUUCUUCGCUAUUUCGACAAGUUUUGAUCGAGUCGUCAGAGAUGACUAUGCUGUUGCUAAAGAUUGGGCGAGGUGGAUGACCGGUGGAAACCAGCAUGGUAACGGAGCGAGUUUCAUGCUUGUUCUUGACCAAGGACAUCCCCAACAGGCGAGCAAACUGACUGAAGUUCUCAAGUCUUUUGGGAUUGAUGCUUUUGUUACUUACUCAGAAGGGGAUAUCUCUGCUGCGAAGAGAUACUUUAACAUGAUGGAGACGGUCAAGAAGCAUACUGCUAUUCUUGCCCAGAAGGGACAGAUGAAGAAGUGGUAUGCCAUUUUGGAUGAGGAGAUCUUUCUACCUAAUCUGUCUCAUCUUCAAGAGCGGCUAUACGCGUAUAACUCUGAGAAGGAGUUGUACGUUGGACUGCCCAGUGAGAGAGGAGAUUGGGCUAUUGGCGAAGGUUACAUGACUACCUACGGCGGAGGAGCCGUCUUUCUUACACGCUCUGCUGUGUCACGAAUUCCACAACUACCAUGCUUCAACGACGUAUCUCCCGAUCCCACCAGCAAACAGCGCUGGGACAAUCUUCUUCAAGAUUGCAUGGCGCAACAUACCAAGAUCAAGAUGCAUAUCCUUCCAAGCUUCUACUCCCCCAAAGACAAUGACGACUACUCUUCCCACUUGGAUAGUUACGAAACAGGCGUUCGACCACUAGCAUUACACGAUUACGGAGAACGCCACCAGCUUACACCCAGCCAAGCCCAUCUCGUCACCGACGUCUGCGGCGAGGCAUGUUUCCUCCAACGCUACCGCUUCCGCGACAACUGGGUUCUUGUCAACGGCUACACGAUAACAGAGUACCCCGACGGCAUUCAUCUGUCCGACAUGCCCGCCUCCACCGCUGGCAAACCAGACAGCAAGUGGCGCUCUCUCAUCGGACCUGUCAAACUCAAAGAGGACAAGGCUGAUAGAAAGAUGCUGUUCUGGACGGGUCGACGGAAUGUGUGGAAGUUGAUGGACUCUGUUACUACGCCUGGAGGUGAUGUUUGGCAGGCGUAUGUUAAGAGAGGUGCUUUGGAUGUGCCAGCUCUCAGAAAGAGAUGGGGUGAGGAGCAGGGUGAGACGAAGGAUAGUGUUAUUGUGCUUGUUUGGGAGGGAAAUGAGAAAUGA